GGUACUCAAAGCAAUUUUAUAUUAUAACUGGAUUUUGGAUUUUGUGUGUUUCCGAUCGAAGGGACAGUGAAGUAGAAGCGCCGAUCGAUGGCGGGGAGGAGUCAACCACCUUACAGGCCAAGACCCAACUAUUCUUCGUCUUCAUCUUCCAGAUCCUUGCACCCUUCUCAAUCUUCCCGUAACUUUCAGUCCAAAAAUGUCAAUUCUUCGACCCCUAACAAUAACAAUAAUAAUACCAAGAAGACAAGCUCAAGCAAUUGCGACAAAGCCAUUGAUGCAGAUAUUGAUGAUAUUCAGAAUUUACCAUCUUUAGUUGGAACUUGCCCUUUCAUGUGCCCUGUUGAGGAGAGGGAAAAGCGAGAGAGGCUGCGAGACUUAGCUGUAUUCGAGAGGUUAUAUGGAAAUCCUCGCCAAUCAUCACCAAACCUUGCUGUUAAAAAGUUCUGCAGGACUAUAUCCGUAAAGACUCUGCAAGAUUCUGAUGUGAGGCCGCUCUCAGUGUUGGAAGACACUUUAAACUAUCUGUGUAAUUUGCUGGACUCUACGGAGCAUUCGUUUGAGGUGGUUCAUGACUUCAUCUUUGAUAGGAUGAGGUCCAUCAGACAAGAUCUAAGUAUGCAAAAUAUCUCUUGUAGUCGAGUGGUCUCUAUGUAUGAGAGAAUGGUUAAAUUCCAUAUAAUUUCCCAGCAUAAGCUUAGAAGAUGUAGCGGUUCAAAUAUCUCUUCGCUGUCAUACCUCAACAUGGAGCAGCUAAUGAAGGCUUUGGCGACUUUGUAUAAUCUUUAUGAAGCAAAUCGAACUUCAGAGUCCAUCUUCGAAAAUGAAGCUGAAUUUUUUUCCUUUUAUGUGCUUCUCCACCUUGAUUCUAAAACCCAAGGAACAGGGGAGACACUAUCUUUAUGGUUCCGCCAUGUUCCUUCUCACAUUAUGAAGUCAAUAGAAAUGUAUUUUGCUCGGAAGAUCUUGAGAUACUUUAAAUUGGGCUUCUACAAGAACUUUAUCCAUACAACAGAGUCUGAGGCAUCCUACUUGCAGUAUUGCAUUAUUGAACCUUCUAUCAAUGAGGUUCGAGCACUAGCUAUUUCCUGUGUGAAUUAUGGAGGAUACAAGCCUCAGCCUUUUCCCUUGUUGGCUCUUUCCAAACUCCUAAUGAUGAAGGAAUGUGAUGUAGAAUCUUUCUGCAAUGACAGUGGCCUUCAAACCUCCGUUGAUGAAGAAGGAAAUAACUUUUUGCCUACCAAGCAAACAACUCUUAUCCAUCCAAAGGGAGGGUUGCACAAGUAUUAUCCUCUAGAAUCAGAACGGUUUGAGCGGCUGGCUGUGUGAGAUCGUUACCAGGCCAAAUUAGAAUAUGUGGAAAUCCAAGUAAGAGCAUAUGUUGUACUGGUGUGAAGGAUCUAUAGAUGGAGCAGUUCAUCACAAAGUCGACCAUCGUGUUUUUUUAAAAGAAUUCUCAUGUAUGUAAGUAGAUGGAUGUAUAAUUAGCUUUGUCUGUUCUGCUAACGACAGAAAAGUACUCAAAGAUACUAUUCACUGCGUCCCUAUUUAUGUGACACUCGUUCCUAAUAUGUCAGCCCCAGUAAGAAUGACAUGUUUUUGUAUUUAGUAAAAACUUAACUUUAAACUUUUCAUUUACCUUUUAGUGAGAUGAUUUAUAACUA